AUUUCUAUAAUACUAUAGGGCCCACACAGCCACUCAAAAUAUUCAAAGUGCAGUUAGCAAACGGUAGCAAAAUGCAACAGGGUGAAAGACAUGAGAUGAGGAGUGACACAGCGAGAACACAAAAAGGAAGCAACAUCAGUUUCACGUAUGAGAUUGGGCUCAACCCACAGCUGCAUGUAUCAGAUCACCCUACCACACAUGCUCAUCAGGAACACACAACACACCCUGCUUAACUCUCAUCUCACACCCCAGACUACCAUGGAUGAACUUGACAUGCUUUUAGAGGAGUUGGCUCAGAGCUCCACCCAGACUUCAAAUGUUCCUGCACCCAUUCCACCCAAAACUCUCCAACUGGGAGCCUCGGUUAAAAGUAACAACACAACUCAGCUUGAACAAACUGAAUCUUCUGGAUUUGUUGCUGGUCCAGGAAAGACAUAUGAUCACUACAGUGUUGUUCCAGUCCCUGUGGAAGCAGGAGUGAUGAGUCCCGGCACAGCUACACGAGAGCUCGACUCCAUCAUGAAUGAGCUGCUAGGGCUAGGCCUGGAGGUUUCAGAACCAGUUCCCACAUCAAACCCACCUCCAGUGGCUUGCAAGUCAAAAGACAAAAAACCAGAGGAAACUAAAGAAAGUGAUAGUGGAAGCCAGAAAGAGACUAAGAAACCACAGCAUCCUCCUCUGUCAGAGAAAGUAUCCAAGAAUGUGGAUGCUAUAGACGACCUGCUGGGCUCUCUCAGCACUGACAUGGAGAAAAUGGGGGUCCGUACAGCUGCCAAAGGCCAUUGUGCUUCUUGUGGCAAGUGUAUAGCUGGGAAGAUGAUCACAGCUCUGGGUCAGGUGUGGCACCCAGAACACUUUGUGUGUACGGCAUGCAGGGAAGAACUCGGCACUAGUGGUUUCUUUGAGAGAGAUGGGAAGCCGUACUGUGAGAAAGACUACCAGAACCUCUUCUCCCCCCGCUGCGCUUACUGCAAGGGCCCUAUUACUCAGAACAUUCUAACAGCGAUGGAUCAAACAUGGCACCCAGAACAUUUUUUCUGCACCCACUGUGGAAAUCUGUUUGGACCUGAUGGUUUUAUGGAGAAAGACGGUAAACCAUAUUGCUCGAGGGAUUUCUACAGCCUCUUUGCACCCAAAUGCUCUGGCUGUGGAGAGCCAGUGAAGGAGAACUAUCUGUCUGCAGCCAAUGGAACCUGGCAUCCUGACUGCUUUGUAUGUGCGGUGAGUGAAUUAGUGGCGUUGAAGGCUGGAAUACAAUACUGUCAUGUGUCUCACUCCUUAUAAACUCCUUAUAAAUAAGU